CUCCAUCGCACCUGCUUGUCUGCCCCUCUUUGCUCCGUCUCUGGCCCACACUCCUUCUCACCGCCUUGUGCUUUCUGCUGCGCGCUGCCUCUUCGCCCGCCCUCUUCCGCCCGCCUCGCCGCCGCAGUACCCCGCGUGCCGGCGCAUGGUGCUCAUCAGCGCCCCCGCGACCCAGGAGGCGCCGGGCCCGCUGCGCUCAGACCGCGACGUCGGCCAUGCGUACGAGGGCAUCGUGGCCGCGGCGCGCCGCUCGGCCGGCAUCACUGGCGCGGCAGCGGCAGCGGCGGCCGUCAUGAUCGUCGUGGCGCCCGACGUGGACGGCGUGUGUGCGGCGCGGGCACUUGUGGCACUGCUGCGCGAGGACGAGAUCGCAUACCGCGUGGUGCCGUGCGACGGCUACGCGACGCUCACGCGCAUCUUGAGCGACGACGUCACUGGCAAUGAGGAGCUGCACACCCUCAUCUUCCUCAACCUCGGCGCUCUGCUGCCUCUGCCGAGCUUUCUCUCGGCCGGGCAGUACUCUGGCGGGCCCGAGGCUGGGCUGUCACUACCCCCGCAGUGCACGCUUCACGUCAUCGACUCGCAUCGGCCAUGGAACCUCGAGAACCUCUUUGCGACCUCGGAGCUGCUCUCGCGCAUCUGCAUCUGGGACGAUGGCGCGAUCGAGCAGCACCUGUCGCGCGAGCAUGAGGCCUACUCGCGCCUAGAGUUCGAGGUCAGCGACAGUGAAAGCGACAGCGACCGCGGCAGCGAGAGUGAGGAUGAGGAGAGCGACGAGGGAGAUGACGCCGACGACUUGUUGCCGAGCGACGACGACGAAGACGGAGAGCAGCGGCCGGCGCAGAGGAAGCGGCGGCGGCUGGCCAGCGGCAGCAGCCACACUGCAGAUGAGGAUGAGGACGAGGACGCAGAGGCAUCGAGCAGCGAGGCACCACCAAGAGGGCGGCGGAGGCGCAAAGUCCGCAAGCCUGCGCGUACGUCUGCGGCCGUGCUCGCUCAGUACCGCGCGGUGCUGGCGCGAUACCACGCCCGCGGCUCGGGCUACGGCCUCCCGGUCUCGCUUGUGGUGUGGCAGCUGGCUGACCGCCUCGGACGGGCCUCGAACGAGACAGUGUGGCUGGGCAUCCUUGGCCUGACGUCGCUCUACCUGGCGUCGCGCACGAGCUACGAUACAUACGAAGAACACGCCAAGUUGCUCGCCGAGAUCGUCCGGGAGCUCAACCCUGUGCAGGAGGGCGGCUUGCACUCGCGUCGGGACGGUGGGCUGCCCGGCAAGGCGGCCGACGCCGACGACGGCCGUAUCCGAGUCAUCGCCCAGGAGCUGCGCUUCACACUCUAUCGCCACUGGAGCCUGGAGAACGCCAUGUACCACUCGGCGUACGUGGCGGGCAAGAUCAGCAUCUGGAAGGAGAAGGGCAUGGGGCAGCUGCGCGGCCUGAUGGCCAAGAUGGGCAUGUCGCUCACCCAAUGCCGGCAAACAUUCGACCACAUGGAUCUCGAUCUCCGGCAGAAGCUCGUGCCGCGGAUCCAGUCUAUCGCGCCCGAGUACGGCCUGACCGAAUGUGUCUACCUCUCAUUCCUGCGCUCGUUCGGCUAUCAGAGCUCGCCGCUGAGCGCCGCCGACACGGUCGAGGGCCUCUCUGCGCUGCUCACGGCCGCGCACGGCGUGCGCAUCAAGGUCGAUGCACCGGGCAUGACAUUCUCGGGUAACGGCGUGGGUGCUGGCGGGCAGCGAGGCGCCUAUGGCGCAGCGACGGGCGCAGGCUCAACGGCAUCAGACCUCUUCGGCGGCAAGAAGACGUGGAGCCUGGGCGCGGCCAUGGACACCAGCAAGCAGCGCACAGCAGAGGACGCCGAAGAGGGCGAGCGGGAGAAUGCAGAGAGCAGCGGCGCGACGAACAACGAGACCGACUGGGUGCGCAACUUCUUUGCUGCGUACAACGCUCUCGACGCCCGCAAGCCCGCCAGCGUGUCGCUGCUCCGCUCCUCGCUCUCUCUGUCCAAGGCGCUGCACCGAGCGAUCGUCUCGCAGGGCGUGGCGCUCAUCGAGAAGUCUGCCGUCAAGACGCUGCGUUCGUUUCGCGUGUCCAGCAUCACCGAGGGCCCCGACCUGGUGCUCUUCACCAACCCGAACACGCUCACACGACUGGCGCUCUGGCUCGUGGAGGCGCUGCGCGACAUUGUGGCGGGCCACGCGCGGAAAGCGCUGGAGAGGAAGCGCGAGCGGCUGCGCGCCAAGGGCCAGGACCCGUCGGUGCUCGAGGCGAUUGCGCCGCCGCCGCCGCUGCCCUUCGUGCUUGCCGCGCUCGACGAGAGCCGCGACCGCUUCGUCGUCGUCGGCCUCGUCACCGAGGUGCUGCAGCGCAACCGCUGGGGCAUGGCGUUCCAGGAGGCGGCGGCAAAGUGCGGCGCGCGCACGAAGCACGACGCCUUUGACUCGAGCGUCAUCGAGGUGAAGCGCGAGGACCUGAGCAAGUUCAUCGAGGCGCUGCAUCUGCGAGCAUAGAGGAGCGCCGUCGUCGUCAAACAGCCCCGUCCCUAGUCCCAUUUCGAGCUCGCCUUUCCGCAUCGUCAGUCUCCUCUCCACACACUUGUAUCAGCAGCCAUUCGUGCAUCAUUCCCACGCCCGACUACACCAGGUUCAUCUCGCCCACCGAGCCAUUGACAUAUCAUCUUGCAUGCG